UGGAAGGAUGGCGGGGAGUGGAUGCUCGAGGCCGGCGCGCUGGUCCUGGCCGACCGUGACCUGUGCUGCAUCGACGAGUUUUCCGCCAUCCGAGAGCACGAUCGCGCCACCAUCCACGAGGCAAGUUUGCUGUCGAUGAACCACCUUCUACCACCGCUGUGUCGUUGGGCCAUGGAGCAGCAGACGCUGAGCGUGGCCAAGGCCGGCCUGGUGUGCAAGCUCAACGCCAGGACGACCGCCUUUGCGGUCACGAACACCAAGGGAACGUACGACGCGGCGCAGGACAUGACAGUCAACACCGCCAUCGGAAGCCCCCUCCUGUCCCGGUUCGACCUCGUGCUGCUGCUGCUCGACACAAAGAACGAGGACAACAAACAAUGGGACAAGGUGGUAUCGACGUUCGUGCUGAGGGCCGCGAUAGGUCCUGCUGCUCCACCCGUCCGUCCCAAAGCGGUUGCUGCUAGGGCGGCGACAGUGGCACCUCGCGGUGGCAGCAGCGGUGGAGGUGGUCCCAGCAGCCCCAGCCAAGCAGGGAAACCCACCGCCGGGGGCCCCGCGGGGAGAGGGGAGGAGGAACCGGUCUCGAGCAAGCCCUGGGGCACGGAAAAGCUUCAGAAGUACCUGUGCUACGUCAAAGACACGUUCACUUCUGUACGGCUUUCGAAGGACGCGGAGGAGGUAGUGGGGAAGUACUACCAGAGCCAGCGGAGCGCCGACAACCGAUCGGCGGCGAGGACGACCGUGCGACUGCUGGAGUCUCUCAUCCGCCUGGCCCAGGCGCACGCGCGGCUCAUGUGCAGAACCGAGGUCACCCUUCAGGAUGCCGUGGUGUCCGUGAUCUGCGUGGAAACGUCCUUGCACUCGACGGCACAGCUGGGCGUGGACUCCGUCCUCCACAGCGACUUUCCCCCGAAUCCCGACGAAGAGUUCGAGCUUCAGCAGGGCCUUAUCCUUGAUCGGCUCAAACUCAGGAGUCCUCCACCGCUCCCGUUCGUCACUCGAAGGGGCCCCGGUGGCUCGGCCCGUUCCUUGGGGGGCAGCAGGAGCCAAUCCCAGCGUGGUGGCAGCAGCCAGGAAGACGCCCGCGACGGCGGCGGCCCCGCCAGCAGCGGCGGACAAUCGUUGCAACCGUCCCCGUCGACAGAGGCAACGGUCGUCAGGCGACACCGGUGGUCGGGCGGCGGAGGACCAGACGACGUCGUCGGCGGUUUUCGCGGAAGCAACAGCGGCACAACCAGCGACGGCAGCUCGGCGGCGCCUCUUCGCGCCCCCCCCGAGCGCGGCCGUCCUCAGCAUUCGCUGGAGGACACGGGGCUAGAAGGCCUCUCGCAGCAGCAGCAGCGGCGGUGGGGUGGAGACUGNGAGUCCUCCACCGCUCCCGUUCGUCACUCGAAGGGGCCCCGGUGGCUCGGAACGUUCGUUUGGGGGCAGCAGGAGCCAAUCCCAGCGUGGUGGCAGCAGCCAGGAAGACGCCCGCGAGGGCUGCGGCCCCUCCAGCAGCGGCGGACAAUCGUUGCAACCGUCCCCGUCGACAGAGGCAACGGUCGUCAGGCGAGACCGGUGGUCGUCGGCGGAGGACCAGACGACGGCGUCGGCGGUUUUCGCGGAAGCAGCAGCGCCACCACCAGCGACGGCAGCUCGGCGGCGCCUCUUCGCGCCCCCCCCGAGCGCGGCCGUCCCCAGCAUUCGCUGGAGGACACGGGGCCAGAAGGCCUCUCGCAGCAGCAGCAGCGGCGGUGGGGUGGAGACGAGGGCGCAACGACGGGUUCAGCGGUGGACGGACCCCGAGGAGGCGGAGAGAGGGGAGGGUUUUCCACUCCAGCCCGCGGUGUUGUUGUUGCACGGGCUAUUAGCGGCGGUACGCAGCGGCGGCGGCGGCCGGAGCGAGAGGAGUCCGGCGGCGGCGGCGGCGGCGGCGGNACGACGGGUUCAGCGGUGGACGGACCCCGAGGAGGCGGAGAGAGGGGAGGAUUUUCCACUACUGCCCGCGGUGUUGUUGUUGCACGGGCUAUUAGCGGCGGUACGCAGCGGCGGCGGCGGCCGGAGCGAGAGGAGUCCGGCGGCGGCGGCGGCGGCGGCGGCGGCGGCGGCGGCGGCGGCGAACGGGAGAGGCGAUUCGAGGGGCUCGAUAGGGUUUCGAGAUCCCGUGGCGGUGGCGAUGGAAGAGCGGCUUCUUCUGCGGGACCGGACGGGGAAGGCGGAAGGUGGACAGGGUUCAGCGGUGAAACGCCUGGCUCGAGUUUGAAGCUGCGGCGUCAAGCCGACGACGACAGGGUCGGCGGCGCCGCUUCCGGUGGCGGCAGCAGUUGGGGCGACGUACUUCUCAUGAGCCAACUACCGGGCACCCCUGUGGACCGACGGUAGCGUUUUCAACGCGCGCCAAGUCUUGGUU